CAUCCCGCUGCAGGUCAGUACGGGCUUUUCGCAUGCACGCGGAUACCCCCCAGGACGGCUCUGGCGCCGUACCUAGGCGUCGUGCAUACCGAAGACGAGAGCCGCGAGGAGAGCGAGUACGACUUGCAGCUGGAGCGUAUCCCACUGGGCAUCGACGCAACGCACGCAGGGAGCAUCGCACGCUUCGUCAACGACUACCGCGGCAUCCUCGUCCGGCCGAAUGUCUUCUUCCAAGACUGGGCCGCGCCCGUCGCAGCAGAGCAUCGCGAAGCGUUCCAGCGCGCGUGUCCAGGCGAAGAGGCCAUCGUGCGCGGCAUCGGACUGUUCACUGGCGCGCAUUGGAUCGAGAGAGAUCAGGAGCUGUGCGUGAGUUACGGCAAGGGAUUCUGGCAUGCUAGG